UUCUGGGUUUGCCAGAACCGAGGUCCCUUACACAUUUUCGACUAUCGAUUAGCUGGCAUGACACAGUUAACGCAGUUAAUUCACCAAUCGCCUUUUAUAACUUUUCUUUACUUGAAUUUUUUAUACUUGCUUGCUUAGCUUAGUUUAUAAUAUAUAUUGCCAUUUUACAGGAAAGUAAACAGCAUGGACAUAGAAAUUCGACAAUAUUUGACUAAGGCGGAGACACUUAAAGACACCGAUUCUCUGAAGACAGCGUACACUUUAAUCAAAGAUGUCACUAAAGGGAAAAGUGCAGCCGAUGGAAGGUGCCUUUGCCCCGGACUGUAUGUUGUUUGCGCCGAACAAGCGCUGCAGCUUGGAUGCCCAGAGGUUGGAAAAGACUGCCUAAUGAUGUACUUCGAAUCAGGUCCAGCUGCUAAUCAGUUUCUGAGCAGGGCAUACCUCUGCCAAGGUCAGCUGACCUCUCCACAGACUUUUGGAAGUGUGGUAGAUGUUGAAAAAGCCAUGUUUUACUUUUUGAAGGCUAUAGAGAUUUCAAAGGCACAACCCAGAUACCACUUUUUGGUAUUCAAUGCCUCCGUGCUCUACUUCCAAAUGAUCCAGCCGUUGCUGAGACCUGGCUUUCGCCAGCACCUUGUCUCAAGUCUGGCACAGGUUGUGAAGGCCCUGGAGGAGAUUGGAGAGGCCGACCACAGAUGGAGGGCCCAGCUCAUGUUACACUUGGUAGAGUGCCUGGUGGAAGCUGGAAAAUCAAAAGAAGCUGCCAACUUUGCUAAACAUACUUCAGACUUUAUUGAAACAAAUGCACCUGAUCUCUAUCCAAAGAUUUUCUCAUUACAGGUACGACACAAACUUUUAGAAAUGUCCAAAGCCUUCAAGAAAACUGAGACAAGCUUGACAUUAGCAAUUAUUUAUAAAAUUCAGAAACUCAAAUGUGAAGCAGAUGGCACAGGAAUCCGUAAAGAUUAUCCUGCAAAGCUGAAAGAAAUCUUCUUGCUUCUAAUGCCCUCAACAACGGUUCAUUCAAAGGGAAUGACCAAAGAUUCAGAUUUGAGCCUUACGGGGAGCAUCUCAGCUAUCACUCCAGAAGAGAGAAGUGUAUUUUUACUGGAGUUGGCGUAUCUGUCCCUGCAAUUGAAAUAUCCUGAUUUUGCUUCUGACUGUCUGAGACAGCUUGAAAUGGGUGAUGUUUCUGACACUAAGUGGCUCAUUAAGCUGGAAUGCUUGAGAAGCGAACUGGAUGUUCACAGAAGGAGAGCAAAAAUAGAAGAGUACUCCAAAAAUGAUGUGGAGGACCAUUUGAGGAUAAUAAGGAGACUGGAUCAGUGCCUGCAGAAUGCGGUGGGAGAGGGUGACGGUCCUGUCAUACAGGCAGUGUGUGUUACACUAUGGAACGUUUGCCUGCCUCUCCUUCAGCCCAAUCUCAGGAAGAGGAUAAGAGGCCAACUCGCUCGAUUGGCCCAAACGCUGGAGGACAUCCACAGUCCACUGUUGGAGUUGCGCUGUCAGAUUCACAGUGAAGUUGGUGAAGCAGAAGCAGAAGAAGAUCGUUUGGAAUCUGCGCUAGAACACCUGCAGAAGGCCUUGCAUUUGGAUGAGAGAGGCCUGUACCAAGAGCGCCUAUCCACAGUCCUGCAUCAGCUGCAGAUACAAAGCAUGAUAUACAAGACCCCGGAAAAGGAGGAAGAUCAGGCCGCUUUGCUUAUUGACCAGGCAAAAGGAGCAGGGUCAAAGAAUGCCAUGAAAAAGAAUCGGGCUUUGCUGGUGAAGGCUGCUAUAACUUUGGCCCCCGGCACCUUUCCGGUGGUCCUUGAUGCAGACACCGGAGUGGAAGACAAAGAAGGACAAAACCAGACUGAUCAGCUCUCUGCCAAAGCAAAACAUCACACCGCAUGUGUUCAUGAGGCAAGUGGGCACCUAAAGAAGCAAGGAAACAAAAACGACAGACAGAGAGUGAGACUCUGGGCAGCACUGGCUAAAACGGCUAGGAAGCAGGAGGUCUGGGAUGUUUGCCGGGCAGCCUGCAGGUUCUGUCUGCUCUACGAUGAUGGACGCUGGAAGUCGGCCCGAUAUGACAGUGAAUGUAUAAAAGAUGAAAGCCCAGGAUUCCGUGAAGAAGGGCAAUUUUCUCUCUCUGCAGAGAGAGACUUGCUUCGACUGCUUGCCGAGGUUCACUUCAUUAAUGGAGAGGCCAUUAUACAAAAACUGCAUUCAGAGGGUGUGGAUUUCAACCAGGAGCCAUUACCACGAAAGGGCACAUGGAGAGAGUCAACAGGAGACAUUUGUAAAGGAUUAGAGGAAAAUCCACAAUGGACAGCAUAUUGGGAAUGGCUUGGCGAGCUGUCUGCAUGUGCCACGGCCAGCUUCCUGCGGGCUGCAGAGCUGGGGGAUGCCCUCGGGGAGGCGUGGAUUGUCUCAAAUGCAGCUGUUUAUCUGUGGAACCACAAUACCCAUGUCCUGGCUUCAGGAGGCCACUGCCAGCUACAAGCCACUUUUCGCAAACUAAUAAACGUGAUGAAACUGAUGGGAGAAACCAAGGAGACAGUGUUGCUGGUUUUGCUGUGCAGUGUGGCAGCCAAAGGCUUGAUUGAGUCUCUGAGUCUGCAUGUCAGUACAGCUCAGGAAAAGCGGGACGAUGGAAAGGGCCAGGAAGCUAACAGGGCUAAAAAAGGGGCGGCGAAAUCCACCGCAAAGUCUGGCAGCAUUCACAGCACCCUCCUGGACCCCACUGCACUCCAGGACAUGAAGAUAGCUUUGGAGUUAUGCGACUAUGCCUUGCACCUGACCAAUGGCAAUGUCCCUGGAGAAACUCUACUUAUUGCUGCAAGGAAAGAGGUUAUUGCCACAUGGGUGCGGAUCAAGCAGAUGCUCCAGCAACAGAUUGAGCCAAAGCUGGACGUUGAAGAUGAGAGUAAUAAUGAAACCGUGAUUAAUAUGACACGUGUGCUGGUUGGAAUUGAAAUGCUACUUUGUAAUACUAACUCAACAAUGAUGGAAUUUUCAGUUCCCAGUCUGUCUGUGCUUGUAAAGAUGGUAUCAGACUGCAGGUGGACAGACCCUACGGUUGAGCUGCAGGUGUGGACCCACCUGUUGCAUUUUUCUCACCUGGCCCAGGAUCACGAGUUGAUCAUGAGCUGCUCUCACAAUGCACUGCAGCUGGAAGCUGAUGCUGUAAAGUGGGUGAAAACCUCAGCAUGCGUCCUGUGUAGCAGUAGUGCAAUCCAGGACAUGCUAAGCAAUGUGGCAUGUAUAAGGGGCCUGAGUGCUAUACAGAAAUCAAAUGGAGAUCCUCUCAAACACAGGGAUGCCUUGAAGACUCUGCAGGUCGCUGUCAGUUUUGCAGAACAAGCUGGAAACUACACCAUGUGUGUGGUAGCUGCAAAGCACUACUGGAAUGCAUGUCUACGGUUGAUGGACACACCUCUGCAGAGACAAGAGCUUAAAGCUCCUGUGGAAGAAAUCCUCAGAGCCAUGGCCAGCACCAGUACUGGGGGGAAAAAGGAAGAAAGAAAGAUAUUAGCCAGACAGACAAAAUUAUUCCAUGAGCGGCCAUCGGGAUUCAUAAGAAACUCGCAGACCCUUGAAAUGGCAGAUGAUGACGUGGCCCUGAGAGUAGGCAUGUACAGCCUCCUCUUCCGUAUCCAUGCCGACCGAGCCGAAUGGAAGGCAGGGCUGCUGAUCCUGGACCAGGCUGUACAGGAGCUGCCACACACACAGCACAUGCGGAUCAUCUUUGAACACCGUGUUUUGGCGAAAGCGAAGCUGGGUCAGAGCGUAGCGAUGGACAUGCAGAGGUUCUGCGACGAGGGUGAGGAGCACAUGUCCUGCAUGUGGCACCGCAUGGCCCGAUGCUCUGGAGACGCCCCCCAGAAGCUGGUCUGCUAUCAGAAUGCCAUUAAGUCCUUGCAGAGUGCUGACUCUCGCUGGCUGAAGACUGAGUACCUGUUGGAGUUCGGCGAAUGGCUAUACUGCAGUCAUUUCCCCCUCAAUGAUGCCGUGAACCAGAUACAACUGGCCAUCGACCUCCUCUUAAAUCUUAAAGCUGAUAAAGAGACCAGUCAUGAUGUAAACGAAGGCGCAGGGCCAGAUUCUGUGAGCCGUCAGUCUCAGAUGGGAGCGGAGGGGCCAUUUUCCAGUCCAGCGUUGUGUGACCUGAGGGAUGUGAAGCAGUUGGCUGGGCUGGUCAGAGCACACACGCUGCUGUCCGCCAUGCUGGGCAGAGCUUCUCACCAGCAUCUGCAGCAUUGUCUCCUGGCCUGUUCCUAUGUUCUGCGUAUCUGGCAGUUAUCUUUGGCAACUGCUAGCGAAGUUACUGGAGAAACGGCCAAGAAUCCCAUUCUUCCCUCAAAGUCAUCACCAUCACCCACAGUGAAGAAAGACAAGGGAAAAAAGUCCAAAGAGCCCCCACUGCUGCUUGCUGCUGAGGAUAAGCCCAAACAGAAUGUAGCUUUGGUGUUUGUGCCUUCUACCUCAGAGGAGUGGGCUCAGUACGAUUGUCCUAAGGAAGUAAGACUGGCCAUUAGCAUUGACACAAGCAUGCAUUCUGUCAACCGGGAGAGCAUCAGCAAGCAGACCCAAACCCUGUACUUUCUGGAUCUGCUGGCAAAGGAAUUGCAUUCUGCAGCUUUGACACACCUUACUCUGCCAGCUCUUCACCUUGCGGAGCUCAUUGCACAUAACCUAAUGGACAACAAAAGUCUCUCUGAUCUGUACCGCCUCAGAAUCGCAAAGAUCUGCUCAGCUUUAGGUCUAACCGCUUCAGCAGCAUACCAGGAAAAGUGUGUUGGCUCAAAGUUCAUAUAUGAAGAGGAACAAAUCGCUUGCCGGAAAGCUGUUUAUCAGUGGAAGAAUUAUGGGCUUCAGACACUUUCUGACACUGACGUCAGUAAGGUCACCUUCAGUUGGGGAAGAUCAAGUGGACCUUCUGCUCACCAUAUUUGGAUUGACAAAGCUGAAUUAUGUCUCGGUGUGGGUUUAUAUCAGCCAGCCAGACUUCUUCUAGGAGAGGCUAACAUUGUUGCAAAGCAACUCAAUGAUAGGGCUGCGGAAGCAAAGAGCUUACUCUCCCUCGCUAACCUGGCCCGACUUGAGCAAAACUACAGUCAGGCUCUGGCCCUGUUGCAAGCAGCCCAAACAAUUGGUGGCGAUGAGGACUUCUGGUACAGUCUGACCAUGAGCCUUGCAGAAACUCUGGCAGAGGGGGAAGGUCAUGAGAGAAAAUUACAGCAGGCAUGUUUGAUACUAGAGCGUGCUAUCAGUGUCCUCAAAUCUGUUUUGGACAAGAGGCCCAACAGAAAUCCUGUUUUAAAGUUCCAGAUUGCAUCGAUGGAAGCUAGGAAAGCACUUUUUCAAAUUCAGUCUCACCCUGAGGUCGGUUUCCAUCCCGACUCUGUGAAGACAUUAAUGACAAGCUGUGAUGCACUGAGAGACACCACUAAUGAAUUUCUUAUGCUGGGACACCGAGAACAAGGGGCAGAGACUGCUUUGCAGCAUGCAGAAACCCUGAGAAUCCUUGCCAAAGACACUGAGGACAUGGAGCUGAAACAGGGACGGCUAUUGGACUCCUACUUUUCGAUGCAAAAAGCCAUUAGAGUUCAGCUCGAUGUGCUCUUGGAUGUUCAGCAUAUUCUUGUACCUGAAGAGACUCAAGCCGUCAGCCUACCUGUCACGAGAAGACUGACACGCUACAGACUGGCGCUGGCAGACUUGGCUCUGGAAAUGCUGGAACUGGUCUGCACAGAAGAGAUGAAACAAGCCCAUUUUUGGGAAAGGAAAGGCUCCAUUGAGAGGACAGUUGAGGAAUUUGUACGGAUGACGCCAGACUUAACAGCUGUGCAACAGGAAUGGCUCAACACAAGCAAGAGUCUAGGACAGGUGGCCCUGAUGCAGCUAGAAGCUGUAACAAGCAGUUGUACAGAGAGUGUGGAAUCCAGAGCCAGGGCCCUGUGCAUGCUGGGAAGGUGUCUGAGGUUGCUGGCUGUCCAGAGGGACCCCCUGUACCUUGCUACCCAGUGGAACAUCGAAUUGGUGGAGAAAAACAGAAUGGAGAUGAAACAAGAAGAUGGUGAAGAAGAAGAAAUGGAAGAUCUGCAAGGAAGUGCCGUGAGGCCAGUUAAUAUGAAGCGGAGACAGUACUCAUCCAAGACUGCAAAGCUGCAGCAAAGGCACAAUGCGGCCCAGAAACUGUUGGCCCAAGCGAAUGAAACUCUUGCCCAGGCCAUCGGUUUGUCACUCCAGCAUAAGUUUACCCACAUCCUGACAGAUGCCAGCCUUAAUAUGCUCGAAUGUUAUGGACAGUUCGACUCAAACUUAGCUGGUCAAUACCUGGCUCUAUAUCAGAGUUGCCGCUCUUCAUCUAUGAUGAAUGAUGCGCUGAGAGCAGCCUGUGCCGAUGUAGACGCCUCCCAGCUUGCUGCCUUGCUUAACGUGCAGCGUAACCUGCUAGCAACAAAGGAAGAAGGGCCGAGUACCUUGCUGAGAAGUACUGAAGAGAUCUUACAAGAACUGUCAAAGGUUUACAGAGACCUGAGUAUCAGCCCUGAAUUUUUUUCUAUCUUGAAAGAGCUGCCAUCUAAUUGUAAGAUCCUGCUGCUCCAGCACACAGAUGAUAGAUCAGUGCUUUAUGGAGCUUUUUUUGAUAAAGCAAUGGCAACAAGCCAGAGACAAAAGGGGGCUCAUCUCUCCGGUACACUGGUAUGCACAAAGGUGGCAAAGGCCAACGUUGCUCCAGAGGACUUCUCCAGGAUCUUGGAAAAUGCCAGCUCCUUCAAACAGGAGAAUAUGAAGAAUCUGCUGAAGGACAAAAAUCUGCACACGGUGCCCAAAAACUCUAUCAAUAUGGAAAAAAAUGCUUUUAAUUUCAAUUCUAUUGUGCAAGCGAUGGAGAAUUACUUGCAUCCCAUUGUCUCUCAGUUUGAUUCAUGUUUUGGAACAAGGCAUGGCACUGUUCAUACUUCCAUUGUGGAUUCUGCCAAGACCAAAGCCAAGGAGGAGAAAUCACUAUCAAAUAAAGACCCUCCUGGCUCUCCAGCAGAAUGUGGGGAGUGUGUGAUUCUGCUGGCAGACAGGAACCUGAUGGAGCUUCCCUUAGAGGCGCUCAGUGUCCUGCAGAGGCGUGGGAUCCGCUCCGUUAGCCGGGAUUUCUCCCUGCAGCUGUUCCAUAGCCGUCUGCAGAAUCAUCAGACUGUUGAAAGUGCUGGCAAAAAGGAAGUCAAAGGUGGGAAGGCAGUGAAAGGGACAGGGGAACAAGGCAAACCCAUCAAAGCGGUGCCUGUAAAUCGCGUUUUACCACCAGACGCCAUUCCUGUAGACACUCACAACAUUAAAUAUGUUGUGGAUCCAUACAAUGAAGCUGGAUAUUUGGGGUGUAGUAGCCCAGUGGAAAGAAUGAGGCAGAUACUGGAGAAGCACAACCACCAGUAUACCUCCCUCUGGCAGGGGUUCACUGGUUUACAUCACACACCAAGUCUUGCUGAAUUUGAGCAGUGUCUGAUUAACUGCAGUGCUUUCAUCUUCAAUGGAACGGAGAAUUUUCUAUCCUAUAUUCCACCUUCCAAGCUUGUUGCCCUCAAUAUUUCAGAGUGCAAGAUGGCCGUCCUCCUUGAUCUAGCGCACAGCUCAGUGAGUAAACUCAGACAGUCCAAGAUAGAUUCUCAAAAGAGUGCGAGGCAGCUGACACUGGAAAGCCCCGUAGAGACAGCAGUACUCCUCAGUCUCAGUGGGGUUCACUGCAUUAUGCUCAAUCAGUGGCACACCACCAUUCAGAGGAAUGUGCACAACAUGGAUAUUAUUCUGGAGAACCUUUUGAAGACUGGAAUGACUUCAGGCCAGACAGUCCAUGAUCUUAGAAGACCUGAAGCCCAAAAUUUUUCCACUGAUGGAAGUACGGUACCUACAGAUCACAGAGCUGCCAUGUCGUCAGAGCUUCCUGAAAUGUGUAAGGAGGGUAGUGGCACCUCCAAAGUUCAGAAUAAUGUCUCUGUUUCUCCCUGGGCUUUCAACUAUGUCGUCUACGGGCUACCAAAUUUAGUGGUAACAUGACACACUUUUUAUCUAUAUCAUACAUUUAUUACAUUUACACACAUAAAUUGUAACUUUUUCCAAUUCACUUUCUAAUUACUUAUUUAUCAUAUUGAAAAAUAUUGUGCUUUUAUGUUAUUUUACAAUUUCCAUAUCCAUCUCAAUGAGGUAACCUACGUUUAAUUUCGAUGUUUCAUCAUUGACCAGUUAUCUGUGUUAUUUAAACAAAAAAUGACUAAUGCUUACAGAUGUCAACAGGCUGUUAGAAAGCUAAAGUCACACUCGAUCCAAUAUCUGUUUGAAGCAGACCAUUUUACAGCUCUUCUGUGAAACACCUUAAUGCCACUGACUAAGCAAACUAAUCCAAUGGCUGUGAACAUGUUUGGCAAUUGAAAUAUAAAUGUUUUGUGAUUUUGUUUUGUGACUACAUGUGAUUUCAACAUCCAUCCAUCCAUACAUGCAUGCAUUUUUUAUACCUGCCUUGUCAGUUCAUACUAGCUCCUUAUACAAAUGUUCUCUGAUUCAGCAAGUGUAAUGUAAGAUUCCAAAAUUAUGCUAAAAUUUCAUAAUAUGACCUCCUGUGAGAAUGUUUCAGAUAAAAGCAUAAAAAGGUGCACUUAUAUAUAUAUAUAUAAUAUUAUAUAUAUGUCUCCAAGCAUUUUUGGUGUGAAACU